CGCUCCCAUGCCCAGAGCUAGUAAGAAGCGAUCGUCAACUGCAUGCUCACUCUUCCUCUGUCAACGGAAAUUUUGGGGAGAUUGACAGACUUGCAAAACAAUGGCCGGAGUGGCAGACAAAGCGCGCUUCUUCCUGGAGCAGGCCGUGCCUCAGCUGCGCGAGUUUGAGGACAAGGAGAUUUUCACCAGGGACGAGAUCCGCAACUUGGUCCGCAAACGAACCGACUUUGAGCACCGAAUCCUUGCGCCCGGUUCCAAAGCCCCAGACUUCCUCGCAUACGCCGACUGGGAGCGCGGCCUCGAAACCCUCCGCGCCCGGCGCUGCGCCCGGCUGGGCAUACGGCAGCUGACGCACCAGCAUGCCGGCGUCGGGCGCCUGGGCCAGAUCCACGAGCGCGGCGUGAACCGCGACCCGGGCUCCGUCCACAUGUGGCGGAGCUACCUCGAGCACCUCUCCCAGCAAGGGGCCGCCAAGCGCUGGAGGCGCGUGGCCACCCGCGCCCUCAGGCUGCACCCCCAGGACGCCGAACUCUGGACCCUGGUUGGGAGGCGCUCCGCCGCUAACGGGGACAUGGACGGCGCGAGGGCCUACUUCCUGCGCGGCUGUCGCUUCUGCACCAAGAGCGUCUUCAUCUGGGUCGAGUAUGCCCGCGUCGAGAUGGAGUGGCUGGCCAAGGUUGAGAGUAGGGGCAAGGGCAAGAAGGCGCUGGCGGCUCUCCGGAAGGAGCAGUCGGCCGACGACAGUGACCAGAUCAAGCUCAAGGACGACAGCGACGAGUCCGACGAUGAUGACGACGGAAACAUGAUACCCGACAGAGAAAUGGCUGCUGCAAAGGCACUGGAGAGGCAACAAGCGCCCAAGCUUGUCGACGAAGAAGCGGUCGAGAAACUGGAAAAGAGCCCCGCCCUGGGAGGCGCAAUACCACGCGCCAUUUUCGACAUUGCGACCAAGCAAAAGUUCUUCGAGGCUACCUCUGCGGAAGCCUUCUUCAACAUGUUUUCUCGUUUCAUAUUCACAGUUGAACCAUGUGCAGACCUGAUACAACACGUCUUGGACACGAUGAUGAAAUCCUUUGAAAGGCAUCCCGCCACUUGGGAUUGUUACAUCCGCCAGCCUCUGCUCCCAGUUCAAGAUUUUACAACUGCUGAUUUCCCGAGGGCUCUGAGAGAAUCGUUGGGAAGGCUUACGAAAGGCUUAGAAGCAACGGACCGCAAGUCCGAACUUGCUGGAAAGACACUGUCUUGGGUCGUCUCACUGUUGUCAAAACAAGGACUGGAUCAGAGUAUCGAGACGGUUCUCGAGAUGACCAAGAAGAAAAUGGAGUCAUUACUUUAGCCUGCAGAGCUACUUUAUUCAUAAUGAAGCAUGAUCCAGUUUCAAAACCAAAAUCGUUUUAGCGAGCCGAUCUUGACGAUUAACCACGUCUCGCGUAAGAUCUUGUGCAAAAGCCAUUUGAAAUACCUGGCUUUCAAUAUUCAUAGCCUGGUUUUGCAAGUAUGAGCCAUCCAGUGUAGCUAACAGCUAGCUAGGUAGGUACCUACAUAGACAGGUACGGAGGACCUAAGAAAUCAAAGUUAUUGACAAAAAAAAAAAAAAAAAAAAAAAAAGAGAACAGAAAAAGAAAAAGACACGUUAUCAUGCAACUGCAAUUUGAUGGAUGGUGCUAUGCCACAACUGGAUCAUCGAUCCGAUCAUUUUGUUCUCCUUCCGUUUCUUUCGGAGGCUUGAACUUUCUUUAGGUUCCAUAGUGGAAUAACCAGGUCUUUCCAAAGUGAGAGGAUGGAGUGAAGAGAUGUUAACGCCGUCUGCUCAGAGGUUUACAUUGAGUUUUUUUCUUGUUUUUGUUUCUUUCCAAGCGCAUCAAGGGUGACACGACUGAUUCUGAACUGUUCAAAUGUAGAUUUCAAAUUGAUCAAGUAGAUAUCAGCUAGCCUCUUUUCUUCACUUCGAUGCUCUCAAUCAGGUCGCCUCCUAUCCGCGCUAUUUCGGACAAAAUAGCGUCUCGGUUAACCUCAACUAGAUCAUCGCC